UUCACCACAUGCGUUCACUCUCCCUGUCUCUCAUAUGCUGCCUUGAGAAUGAAGACCUUCAUGAAGAUUUCAUCACUGUUUCUGACGCUGUGCUGUGUUCUACAGCUUACCUCAGCUGGCACAAUGUCGGUUGACUUGGCAAACAGUAUCUGCUGCUUUAAUGAAACCAGUCCAAUACCUCUGAGACAGCUGCAGUCUUAUUUCUGGACAAGUAGUAUUUGCCCCCUCAAACACGUUGUGUUCGUAACAAUUAAGAAGAAACAAUUCUGUGCAAACCCUGAGAGUGCCUGGGUCAAGCGGGCCAUAAAGCACGUAGACAAGAAAAAGGCUUCAAAUUCAGCAAAAUGAAACUUGGAAGAUAUUGUCUGAUUAGAAUUUUAAGAGAAACAUUUCAGAGUGCUGUUAUUGGACAUUAUUCAAAUAUUAUUUCCCUUGCUGAAUAUUAUCUAAGUAUCUGCCAUUUACCAGCUAUUCAGCUUAGAUUAGUUUACCGUUUUAUUGGAUUUUGUGUCAAGUAGCAGUUUUUGUGCAAAUAGUAUUU